UGGCUGAAACUUACUUCUGAUGAUGUAAAGGAACAGAUCUACAAGCUGGCUAAAAAAGGCCUGACUCCCUCACAAAUUGGUGUGAUCCUGAGGGAUUCCCAUGGUGUUGCCCAGGUUCGCUUUGUUACUGGCAACAAAAUUUUGAGAAUCCUUAAAUCGAAGGGACUGGCCCCAGACCUUCCAGAGGAUCUUUAUCACUUGAUUAAGAAAGCUGUUGCUGUUCGCAAACAUCUUGAGAGAAACAGAAAGGAUAAAGAUGCCAAGUUCCGCCUGAUUCUGAUUGAAAGCAGAAUCCAUAGGUUGGCUCGCUACUACAAAACUAAGAGAGUGCUGCCGCCCAAUUGGAAGUAUGAAUCAUCGACAGCUUCUGCCCUGGUCGCAUAAGAGCUGGCUAUGACUUGCUGAAAGAAUAAAUUUUCAUUAACU